CCAUCGACUCAAUUGUUUUCUUUUCUCUUCAAUUCUUCUUUUCCAAUUCGAACAAACUUGCCGAUUCUCGUGCCUACCCCAAUUUACCCCGCCGUCGCUAUGGCGGCCCGUGAAGCUUCAGCUCAGCCCACAAAGGUUAACAUUUUAGGGAAUGAUUCGAUAGUUGUGGAUUACGGCCUGUGGCAGAAUUAUGUCGCUCAUGAUCUUAUCCACAACUUGCCAUCGUCCACCUACGUUCUCAUUACCGACACGAACAUUGGAUCGCUUUAUGUCCCCACGUUCGAGAAAAGCUUCCAACGCGAAGCUUCGACACUCUCCACGAGCCCGCGACUCCUCACAUACCAAAUCCCCCCCGGCGAAAAUUCGAAAUCGCGGUCUACCAAGGGCAUAGUAGAGGAUUGGCUACUGUCGAAGGGAUGCACCAGGGACACAAUCAUAAUAGCGCUGGGUGGAGGUGUGAUUGGAGACAUGAUUGGAUUUGUGGCAGCAACCUACAUGAGAGGUAUCAAAUUUGUGCAGGUUCCAACAACGCUAUUGUCCAUGGUAGACUCAUCAAUAGGCGGGAAAACGGCCAUCGAUACGCCCGCGGGAAAGAAUUUAGUGGGCGCAUUCUGGCAGCCAGAGAGAAUCUAUAUCGAUCUGCAAUUUCUAGAGUCUCUGCCAAAGAGAGAAUUCAUAAAUGGUAUGGCUGAGGUAGUCAAGACUGCGGCCAUCUGGAACGAGGAAGAAUUCACCGCCCUCGAGGGCAAUGCCGAAACGAUAUUACGAGCUAUCGACCAGAAGCCCGUUAACGGUCGACGGGAUUUCGACAGCAUAUCCACUAUCCUGAAGCGCAUUGUGCUGGGGUCUGUUCGGGUCAAGGCGGAGGUCGUGUCGGCAGAUGAGCGUGAGGGAGGUCUUAGGAACCUGCUUAACUUUGGACACUCCAUUGGACAUGCGAUGGAGGCAAUACUCACCCCCCAAAUUCUCCACGGAGAAUGCGUCGCCAUCGGUAUGGUUAAAGAAGCGGAACUGGCGAGAUAUCUUGGUGUUUUAGAUCCUUCUGCCGUCGCGCGCCUGUCCAAAUGCAUUGCCAGCUAUCAAUUGCCCACCUCUCUCGCGGACAAGACUGUGCGGAAACGCUCCGCACAAAAACACUGCCCGGUUGACGAAUUGAUUAGAAUCAUGGCCGUAGACAAAAAGAACGCUGGGUCGCAAAAGAAGGUCGUUUUACUUUCGGGGAUUGGCAGGACUCACGAGAAGAAGGCCAGCUCUGUCUCGGAUCACGACAUUAAGAUCGCUCUAUCACCCAGCAUCCUAGUAAAUCCUGGAAUCCCCUCCGAUCUACACGUCACCUGCAAACCGCCUGGGUCUAAGAGUAUUUCGAACAGAGUAUUAGUUCUUGCUGCGCUUGGAUCAGGGUCUUGCCGUAUCACCAAUUUACUGCAUUCUGAUGACACCCAGGUCAUGUUGGAUGCAUUGGCGAGACUGCAAGCGGCGUCUUUUUCGUGGGAAAAUGAUGGCAAAGAAUUGGUUGUCACUGGUAACGGCGGAAAUUUGAAGGCAACUGAUGAUGAGCUUUAUCUGGGCAAUGCUGGAACUGCAUCUCGAUUUCUGACCUCCGUCGCCGCUCUCGCAAAUCCUUCUGAAACCAUCACCUCUACAGUACUUACUGGAAACGCCCGUAUGAAGGAACGACCAAUUGGACCACUGGUCAAAUCUCUUCGAUCGAUGGGCAUCGAUGUGCAUUACAAAGAGGCAGAAGGCAGUCUGCCUGUAAGGGUUUCUGCUUGCGGAGGGUUUGGUGCAGGCUCUGGAGAGCGUGCUUUCACCGGAACGAUAGAGUUGGCUGCCACCGUAUCUUCACAAUACGUCUCAUCAAUUCUUAUGUGUGCGCCUUACUCUAAAGUACCGGUUACGCUUCGAUUGGUUGGCGGAAAGCCCAUAUCACAGCCUUACAUCGACAUGACAAUCGCAAUGAUGUCGGCUUUCGGUGUCGAGGUGGAGAAGUCUCAGAGUGAACCAAACACAUACCACAUUCCCAGUAAAUCAUACACGAACCCCAGCGAGUAUGAGGUGGAAAGUGACGCGAGCUCUGCAACAUACCCUCUUGCUAUCGCAGCCAUUACAGGCACCACCUGCACAGUGCCCAACAUCGGAUCUGCGUCUCUGCAGGGUGAUGCACGCUUUGCGGUGGAGGUACUGAAGCCGAUGGGUUGUCAGGUCGAACAAACCAAGACUUCCACUACUGUCACAGGACCUCAGCGCGGCGGCCUGAAAGCCGUUGCAGAGAUUGAUAUGGAGCCAAUGACAGAUGCUUUCCUUACUGCUUCAGUAUUAGCUGCAGUAGCUUCAUCAAACGACUCUUCUCACACGACACGCAUAUAUGGAAUUGCGAAUCAGCGUGUGAAGGAAUGCAACCGCAUACAAGCUAUGGAAGAUGAACUUGCCAAAUUUGGCAUUACCUGUCGGCAAUUCGACGACGGCAUCGAAGUUGAUGGUCGGAGUUACCAACUCGACACACCCAAGGUCGGCAUCCAUUGUUACGAUGACCACCGCGUUGCCAUGAGUUUUGCUGUACUCGCUCUUGUGGCACCAGAGCCGGUGCUGAUUCUCGAGAAAGAGUGCACGGGAAAGACGUGGCCGGGAUACUGGGACAUUCUUCAUCAGCUGUUUAGGGCUAAUCUGAGCGGUGUAGAGCAAUCACUUUCGUUAACUGGCACUCACUUCGGUCUCAAGACGCAAGAGAAGUCUGUUGUCAUCAUCGGCAUGCGUGGUGCGGGCAAGACAACGGCUGGCGGCUGGGCAUCCCGCCAUCUAAACUGGCCAUUCUGUGAUCUUGAUAUCACGCUUGAAGAGCACGUUGGAAUGACUAUACCCGAACUCAUCAAGACGAGAGGUUGGGACGGAUUUCGUACUGAGGAGCUUCAGCAUUUGCGCACGACAUUGGAAGAGAGAGGCAACGGACAUAUACUAGCCUGUGGUGGCGGUAUUGUCGAGCUUCCCGAAGCGCGCAAGAUUCUCAAUGAUUAUCAAGCCAGUGGUGGUAUCGUUCUACUAGUCACCCGUGACAUUCAAAAGGUCGUCGAUUUCCUCCACAUUGACAAGACACGACCUGCAUACGUCGAGGAUAUUAUGGGGGUGUGGCUUCGCCGCAAACCAUGGUACUUGGAAUGCAGUAACUAUCACUUCCACAGUCAGAGCGUUGAUGCUGUCGGUCUGGCAAACACGCUUCAAGACUUUUCAAGAUUCUUGGAUCUCAUCUCGGGCAAGUCUACGGCGCUUGCGGAUUUCCAGAAGAGAAAGCAUUCGUUUUUUGUCUGCCUGUCAGCCCCACAGCUCUUGCCGUGGCUCGAGAAACUCCCAGAGAUAACGGUCGGCGCUGACGCUGUCGAACUUCGAGUCGAUUUGCUAGAAGAUCCAAAUGGAUCGGAAGGCUUGCCCUCCCCUGAGUUUGUGGUGGACCAGUUGGCUCUGCUUCGGACCGUCGUAUCCAUACCUGUCAUCUUCACACUGCGGACAAAAUCUCAGGGUGGCAAAUUCCCGGACGAUGCCUACAAUGAGGCUCAGCUACUUUACAGCUAUGCGCUGCGACUUGGUGUUGAGUUCGUGGAUCUGGAAAUGACUAUGCCUGAGGAGAUCUUGAGGGGCGUCUCUGAAAACCGGGGUUGCACCAAUAUCAUAGCAUCGCAUCACGAUCCGCGAGGCGAACUCUCCUGGAGCAACGGUUCCUGGAUACCAUUCUAUAACCGUGCUCUACAAUAUGGGAACGUCAUCAAGCUGGUCGGCACUGCAAACUCUUUGAAAGACAACUUUGCACUCGCGGAAUUCAAGUCAUGGGCUGCGGCUUCCCAUCCCACUCCCCUCAUAGCCAUUAAUAUGGGCGAGCAAGGAAAGCUCAGCAGAAUACUCAAUGGCUUCAUGACUCCUGUCUCACACCCUCUACUUCCCUCUUCGACAGCACCCGGCCAGCUCUCCGCCGCAGAGAUUCGUCGUGCUUUGUCACUUGUGGGUGACAUCUCAUCUAAGAAGUUCUGCAUCUUCGGAAGUCCCGUGCAGCAAAGUAGAUCUCCAAUCAUGCACAACACCCUCUUCAAAGAGACUGGUCUACCGCAUACAUACACCAUUCAUGAGACCACGGAUGUCAACGACCUGAAAGACGUAAUCACCCGUCCAGAUUUCGGUGGUGCGUCUGUAACUAUCCCCCUCAAACUGGAUGUGCGUCCUCUCCUUCACUCGGUAGGCCCUGAAGUUGACGCCAUCGGCGCCCUCAACACCAUCGUCCCCGAAACCCACGUAGACGAGGAAACCGGCAAAGAAGUAACUCGUCUGAUCGGCCGCAACACCGACUACCUAGGUAUGGUCCUCGUCCUGCGCAACGCUGGCGCACAGGGAAGCGCCGGACUACAAUCCGCCAUCGUCGUCGGAGGUGGUGGUACAUCUCGCGCAGCCAUCUACGCUCUCCACGAAAUGCAGUACUCUCCCAUCUACCUCCUCGGCCGCAACCCCGAAAAGAUGAAAGCACUGGCCGCAGACUUCCCUAGCUCGCACGACCUCCGCGUUAUCUCCUCGCCUUCUGAGGUUUCCGCCAUCGAGAAGAUUCCCACGGUAGCCAUCGGCACUAUCCCCGCGGAUCAGCCUAUAGACCCAACUAUUCGUGAUGCGCUGAACUCUCUCUUCGAGAAAGCCAAGAGCGAGAAAGUCGAGGCGGAGGCACCAAUCGGAAGUCUUCCUCCCGGUGGGAAACGGAUUUUGCUAGAGAUGGCGUACAAGCCUCCCGUUACUGCGCUUAUUCAGUUGGCCAAGGAUGCUGGUUGGGAGACUGUUAACGGCUUAGAGGUCCUUGUUGGACAGGGUGUGUGGCAGUUCAAGUACUGGACUGGCAUCGAGCCGCUUUAUCGGAUCGCAAGGGAUGCCGUGAUGGGCGCUUAG